AUGUUAACAUUUAGAUUUUCUUGGAUUGCUAUCGUUGUUAUCGCUUUCAUUUUUAUAAGUAUAAUUUCCGGAUCUCUAGCUGAAGCUGAUAUUAACUCAAAACGAAGUGGAAUCGUUCGAAACGUUCCGCGACCAAGAAAUUCACGAAGUAAAAGAGCAACUGGACGACUGAGUAAUCCCACUCCAAACUAUCAUAAACGAAAAACAAUAAUUAUCAGAAACUCAUCAUAA